AGAUGGCCGCUACAAACCGUACAAGUGUCCGCACUGCUUCAAGAGCUACUCGUCUAAGUCCAACCUCAACACGCACGUGCGCGACCUCCACGCCGCCGUGCCGCAGAUCUUCACGUGCCCGUACUGCAACAAAAAGUACUCGUCCAAGAACUCGUUGCGGUAUCACAUCACCAUGUACCACCGCGAGGAGAAGCACCGAGACCAGGCCCUGCAGCAUGCCAUCGCCACAGCGCAGCCUCUGCCCGCUGCGGCCGCCAAGGCCCACCACGACCCCCUCAUGCAUGUAUGGGCAGCUACAUAGCCAGCCUGCGCCGCAGCCCGAACCACAGCUGGAGUUAGGCGUUCUGGGGGAGGACCCGGGUUACCACCUGCCCGAGGCCGGCCCUGCCUCCGAGCACUGAGGGCGCGGAUGGGACAUAUCACGUGCGCGUGGUGGCUGCCGUCAACCCGAGGCUGGUGGUGACGCCCGAGGACUCCGGCGGCCGCAGAUACGCCCACAGGCCUCACGCCCACCAAGAAGACCAUAUAGAGGGCCACUUUGG